AAUCAAGUUAAUCUCAACCGUCCAAUUAGGCAUCGGGUCAAACUGAAGUCUCUCACAGAGGCUCGCACUCCUUUCCGUCCCGAUGCAGGGAAGAUGCUGUCGCGGUCGGCAGUAUUAGGGCGGGCGGCGGCGCUGAGGCGGCGGGCCAUGUCAUGCGCUCAAGCUCCGUUCGUCCCAACGCGGGCCACCUCCGGAGUCCCUCCGCUUUCUCCUCGCCCGGACUUCUACGUCCGUGAUCGUUACCUUUCCACCCUCACUGCACUUCUCCUCCGCCCACCCGGUUGCUUCCGCGGGUACGCACGUAUGCGCCGGCGUAGCCCGCCGGUGCAAAGGCCUCCGGAGUCUGAGUCCGAGUCCGAGUCUGAGUCCGACGCCGAAGAAUCGGACCUUUCUGCGGAGGAGGCGGGCCAGAUUGACGACGACGGCGCUGAGUCGGAGGAGUGGGAAGGAUUCAUGAUCGACUUUGGAGGGGUUGGGAAGGACAAGGACAGCGACAACGACAACCAAGUAGGGGCUUAACUCUUGUUCUAUUUUUAACCUUUGUCCGCACUCUAGGUGUUUGUGGAAAUGUCUGUUCCAGUGUGCGCCAUAUUUUGCCAUUGCAUGUAGGUGUACUGUUGCUUCGCUACAUCUAAUCUAAACAUGUCUAUUACGAAUUAUUUCAA